UGUUAAUGAAAACGAACGUGAAAUAAUUUGUAUCAGAGAAAAGCAGAUAGUGAUUGGGAGAGCGAAAAAGGAGGGAACUUUUAGUAGUGAUAAGAGGAUAAAGAGAGAAGGAUGCGAUGGAGCACUCUGUGAUCUGACUUCAGACUCGAGAGGAGCAGAGAUAGAGAUAGAGAGAUUAUGGAGGUGAUUCUUCACAUAUACGAUGUUACAAAUAGCGAGUCCGAUAAGACAAAUAACACCAUUGUUCAGAUCAACAAGUUCUUCAAAGAUGGCAUCGGUCUUGGUGGCAUCUUUCACAGCGCCGUUCAGGUUUAUGGAGAUGAUGAAUGGUCAUUUGGGUACUGUGAAGAAGGCAGUGGAGUGUUUAAUUGCCCGUCUCGAAACAAUACCAUGUAUUCGUAUAGAGAGUCUAUUGUUCUUGGGAAGACAAACUUCGACACAAAGAGGGUUAACCAGAUCUUGAGAGAACUCUGUAGGGAGUGGCCUGGAUGCUCAUAUGACUUGUUAUCAAAGAACUGUAACCACUUUUGCGACGAGCUCUGUGAACGCCUUGAUGUGCCCAAACUUCCUGGUUGGGUGAACCGAUUUGCGAAUGCUGGAGAUACUGCUGUAGAAAUUGCAGAAACCACUGCAUAUAGAUUCAGGCAGGCUAAAACGGAGAUUGUCUCAGCUAGCAAAUAUGCUUAUCGGUUCCUUGUUAACGUUGCUGCUCCAAACACACCAACAACUGCAUCAGAUUCACCGAGCAAUUCAAAUAGGGGAAGCCCUAGAUUUCAAGGUACCUGGUUCAAGAACCUUGUUUCCUCUCCUGCUAAACCCACAGAUAAUAGCUCGGAGCUUGGACAACAAGAGGAAGUUCUUCUACGAGAGAGAGACCCACAAGUGUCAAUUCACCAUCUGCCGAAUUCAAACUCAUAAUAAUUACAUCUCUUGUACUCUCUGUCAUGUGUCCAUACUGCGUCAUUUCGUUUAUUUGUGUGAUGGUCAUUGUUUAGAACAACCAUGUUUUUGUCAACUACGAAAACUACUUUGUUAUGUACAAGAAUUUCUUUUAAGUCCUGAAAUGCAUCUGUUACCUAUUU